AUGGAGUCUUCCAGAUCUGCCACUUUUAUCCACAACAUAGAGACGUUUGUCAAAGCCGGCAUGCUUCCAAAGCUCAUAGAUCCACAGCUGCCUCCUGCUUUGAUGCAGCAGUAUUCCAUACCGCAGCUAAGAUUGUCCGAUCUGGAGUUUUCGCAGACUAGCGAUGAUCCGCCACGCAAAAUAGUCAAUUUCAGCUACGAGGCUUCCAAAAUGACUGCAAACUCAUCAUAA